AUGCUGGACCUUCAGUUUGAAAUCAACAUAGGGCCGCUGAACGUGGCGAUUCUGAGAGAGAGGCACAACAUGAGCGUGCGGGAGUUUCAAGCAACGGAGCCCACGAGCAGCCUGGAGAGCGAGGAUGCACGCAGUGCCACUCUCAUCGUGCGAAAAGCGCGGUUCGCCUUUGAGAUGUGCUCUGAACGCAGGGAUGAGGUGGAUGGAGGGGGGUGGGAUGGGUGGGAGGGGAUGGGGUGGUUUGGACGGGAUGGGGCGGUUUGGAGGGGAUGGGGUGGUUUGGAGGGGAUGGGGCGGAUAGCAUUGCAAGGCAUGAGGCGUCUGAAGCGUGAUUACAAUCUGGCCAAUCGCCCCUCCCCAUGCAGGCGUCUGAAGCAUGAUUACAACCUGGUCAAGCGCCCCGUGUACCUGUGGCGGCUGGCAGAGGCGAUUCGGCGGAGCAUGGGUUGGGAUUAUGACGUCGUGCAUGUGCGGCGAGGAGACAAGCUCAACCCCCGCUUCUGA